AUGUACAGCGCGAAAGACAUUGCGUUCGCCACACUCAAGGCUCUCGGUGCUACAGCUCAGGGGGCUGUAGUGGUGGGAAAGGGUCUUUUUGGGUUCGCCAAGGAGGCCAAGUCCAUCCCGGUUGAGGUGGCACGCACGCUGCUCGGACCGCUGUACAAGUACCAGCAGUCCCAGAAGCGGGUGCAGGAUGCGGUCGACCUGCAGCGAAUGGCGUCAGCACCUACGGCAAGGGUCGAUGUGGCGCCGUCAUCUGGUGGUGGUGGUGGUGCUGCUAAGGAUUUGCCCGGAGGAGGGAAAGAUGCCGGCGAGGAACCUUCUCCGAAGUCUUCUGCAGCGCCAGAAGUGACGGUAGUGACCCCGACGACUCCUGCGGCAUCAAAACUGACUGCAGCAACACCCGCAGAGGCGACCACAGCAGUGCCAUCAAAGGCGCCAGGGUCCGAAAAGAAGAAAGAUGCCUCGACGCCAAAACCCGUUGCAAAACCAGCAGAGGCGAGAGGGGCAACAACGGCGCCGCCUGCCCAACCCCCACCGGCAGCGAAGAAGCCGGAAGCUUCUCCUGCCGAGAAGAAGGAAGGCACAAGAAAUAAAAAGAAGAAAGACGUGGAGGCGGAGGAGCGCGCCGCCGAGCUCGAGUUCAUGAAAGAGAUGAAAGCAGAGGCGGACAAAAAUACACCUCCGUAGCUGGGAUUGGCUGCUGCCGCUGCUGCUGCUGCUGGUACCGCAGCGCUGUUUCCGUGGCGACAGCCCGUGCCGCUGGUAUGUACCCGUACUCUUUCCGCAAGGAAGGUGUGUGGCAUAGUCCGACCGCUGAGGGCCGGUCGCUGAGGGAGCUAGUUCCGCCGCCGGCCGGAGCACGGGGGUGGAGCAAUUGAAACACGCCCCUCCCUGGUGAUGCUUUAUUCAGGAACCAAGUCCAGCACCUACUCGAGGAACACGAUUCUUCCGUCUCUGCACCGAAAUUGAGCCACUCAACUUCUCCACAGUAGUUGGGCGGGGAGCAAGCUGAAGAGUGAAAACAAAAACCAUAUAGAUUGUAGAUGAAAGCCCUGGAAGUAUCUGUCUACGGGGACGAGGCCAAAGUUGUUUGGACGUUGUGUCGAUUUUCCCCUAUUUUGUUGGGAUUCGGUUAUUUAGCUCGUUUCAGAAGUCAAAGCGGUUCACUACGUCUCUCGCUUGAAUUCGAAUUCCAUACGUAAGGGAAACGGGAUGGGUGUAUCCUUGUCGUUCGCGAAGGUUCCUUUUGCACGGAAGUGUAUAGUAUAUAUUGUA